CCCAACCGCGCCGUGGAAUAUCUGCUGGAGCUCAACAACAUCAUCGAGAGCCAGCAGAAGCUGUUGGAGACCCAGCGGCGGCGGAUCGAGGAGCUCGAAGGGCAGCUGGAGCAGCUGAGCCGAGAGAACCGGGACCUGCGGGAAGGGGACAGAGAGCGGGACCGACACCGAGACCGCGAGCGGGACCGAGACCGGGACCGGGACGGGCAGUACCACCACAAGGAGAGGGAGAGCCACUAUCAGAACCGCACGGAUCGGGACGGGCAGUACCAGAACCGGGAAGGCCAGUAUCCCAACCGCGAGAGCCGGACGGACCGCGAAGCUCAGUACCAGAACCGAGCCGAGCGGGAGAGCCAAUACCAAAGCAGAGCCGAGCGGGAAGGGCAGAACCAGUAUCAGCAUCGGGACAAGGAUCGAGAUCUACAGCACUAUGGAAACCGGGAUGGGCAGUACCAGAACCGGGAGAGCCACUACAAGGAGCCCUGCCAGUUGCAUCGAGACCGGCCGCCGCAGUGCCAUCAGACUCGGGAGAAGGAGCAUGAGUAUCCUCGACCAACCCGGGAAAGGGAGAGGGGGCAGCUGAGCCAUGGGGCGUCGCGGAGCUCCAGUCCUGGAGCAGGCGGUGGCCACAGCACCAGUGCCAGUACCAGCCCAGCCACCACGCUGCAGAGAAAGUCGGAUGGGGAAAAUUCAAGAACUGUCAGUGUGGAAGGAGACCCUCCGGGAAGUGAAGGAGGUACUAUAGUGGACAGCCUGGGCAGCCAGCCGUACCGGUGUGUCCCUGAGGUGACCAAGGUUGAGCACUACGAUUUAGUGCCAUCUUCCUCCUCCUCUGUCUGUCACACUCCAUCACCAGGUCUUCCGUGGGCCCAGCGAGCUCGGCUACAGCCAGCCAGCGUGGCGCUGAGGAAGCAGGAAGAGGAGGAUAGCAAACGAUCCAAGGCGCUGUCAGACAGCUAUGAGCUCUCAACGGAUCUUCAGGACAAAAAGGUGGAGAUGCUGGAGCGGAAGUAUGGGGGCUAUUUCCUGAGCCGGCGGGCAGCCCGAACAAUUCAAACAGCCUUUCGCCAGUACCGCAUGAACAAAAAGUUCGAGCGUCUAAGAAGCUCAGCAUCAGAGAGCCGUAUGUCACGGCGCAUCAUCCUGUCCAAUAUGCGGAUGCAAUAUUCAUUUGAGGAGUAUGAUAAGACCCAGAAUGCCCCUUACUUUGAAGGCAAACCUGCCUCGCUGGAUGAGGGGUCCAUGGCUAGUGCUCGACCUCAUCUGCUGGAUCAUGGCCUUCCCUAUGGUGGCUCUUGCCGGGCUGGCUUGGAUGGUGGCUCACUGCAUUCCUCUUCUGGAGGCUUCUGCAAUGACAUCACAGAGCUUGAGGAUUCCUUCUCCAAGCAGGUGAAGUCCUUGGCAGAAUCGAUCGAUGAAGCCUUAAACUGCCACCCGCUUGGCCAGGAGGGAGGGCCCAGUGGCCCCGCUUUGGAGAAAAGUGAAUCCAAGGAGCAGCAAGGCGACAGUGCUGCCACUUCGUUCAGCGAUGUCACGCUCUAUCUGGACGAAGGCGCUCCCACAUCACCCCUCUCUCUGGAGCGCCCCCCCAGCACUGAGCCCCCAGAGCCUACUCCGGGAGUACCCCUCCCACCCCCCCCACGGCCAGAGUACUGGGGGGCGCCCCAGCGGGAGGACAGCCGGGAGAACGGGGGCGGGAGCCGGCGCAGCACACCUUGCAUGGAGUGCCGGGACUACCGCCUUCGGGGCGCUCACCUGCCCUUGCUCACAAUCGAGCCUCCCAGUGACAGCUCAGUGGAUCUGAGCGACCGUUCCGAUCGGGGUUCAGUCAACCGGGGGCUCAUGUACGAGCAAGAUGGCUGCAGCCCCCAUGGUACCCUCAAGCAUCCUGGCGGGCCUGCCCGCUCCCCACACCCGCACCGCCACUAUCAUCCCGAGCAAAGCCAGCCCCCCCCACCUUUGCCCAUCCCGCCCCCUCAGGCCCCAGGCCGCCUGCCUCCCCCUCCUCUGCCGGACAACUCAGAUGGCGACAACGACAGCCUAAACAGCCCCACCAACUCCAACGAGACCAUCAACUGCAGCUCAGGCUCCUCUUCGCGGGACAGCCUGCCUCUCAUGACACCACUGCUACAUAAAAUUAAAGCGCUUCUUUGGAAACAGACUUUUUUUGAAAGUGGUCAGUGUUCUCUAUUAACACAAAUGAGAGGAAAAUGGGUGUUGGAUAAAAGUGAUUUCAGGCAUGCACGUAUACAGGCUUCUUCUCAUCCCAUUGGUAGGAAACCAGAAAAGGGGAUCCAGUAUCUAAUUGAGAGAGGCUUCUUGUCGGACACACCGGUGGGCGUGGCCCGGUUCAUCCUGGAGCGGAAGGGGCUGAGUCGGCAGAUGAUUGGAGAAUUUCUUGGCAACCGGCAAAAACAAUUCAACCGAGAUGUACUUGACUGCGUUGUAGAUGAGAUGGACUUCUCCAGCAUGGACCUGGAUGAUGCCCUGAGAAAGUUUCAGUCACACAUUCGGGUGCAAGGCGAGGCCCAGAAGGUGGAGCGUCUCAUUGAGGCCUUCAGCCAGCGCUACUGUGUAUGCAAUGCCCCACUGGUGCGCCAGUUCCGGAACCCUGACACCAUCUUCAUCUUGGCUUUUGCCAUCAUCCUUCUCAACACCGACAUGUAUAGCCCCAGCGUCAAGGCGGAGAGAAAGAUGAAGCUGGACGACUUCAUCAAAAACUUGCGGGGGGUUGAUAAUGGGGAGGAUAUUCCCCGUGACCUCUUGGUAGGGAUUUACCAGCGGAUUCAGAGCCGAGAACUGCGCACCAAUGAUGAUCACGUUUCUCAGGUCCAGGCAGUGGAGCGCAUGAUUGUAGGCAAAAAGCCGGUUCUCUCUCUGCCCCAUAGGCGCCUGGUGUGCUGUUGCCAGCUGUAUGAGGUCCCCGACCCCAACCGGCCCCAGAGGCUUGGCCUACACCAGAGGGAAGUCUUCCUCUUCAAUGACCUCUUAGUGGUGACAAAGAUUUUCCAGAAGAAGAAGAUCCUUGUGACCUACAGUUUCCGUCAGAGCUUCCCGCUUGUUGAGAUGCAGCUACAGCUCUUUCAGAAUUCCUAUUACCAGUAUGGGAUUAAGCUACUCUCAGCUGUCCCUGGUGGGGAGAGAAAAGUCCUGAUCAUCUUCAAUGCCCCCAGUCUGCAGGAUCGAUUGCGCUUCACAAGUGACCUGCGGGAGUCCAUCGCUGAAGUGCAAGAGAUGGAGAAAUACCGUGUGGAAUCGGAGCUUGAAAAGCAGAAAGGAGUAAUGCGCCCCAAUGCCUCUCCCUCUUCCGGGCCCAAGGACACCGUGAAUGGCACCCUGACCCGGAGCAGCCUAGAGGAUGCCUACACUGUGGGAGAGGGGCUGAAGAGAAGUGCCCUCAGUAGCUCCCUGCGUGACCUCUCUGAUGCUGGCAAGCGGGGCCGCCGUAACAGCGUGGGAUCCUUGGACAGCACAAUUGAAGGGUCUAUCAUUAGCAGCCCACAUCCCCAUCAGAGGGUGCCGCCGCCACCUCCUCCAGAGGAAUACAAGCCCCAGCCUCGGCCCCCCUCGAACUCGUCCUCCUUCCUGGGCUCCCUUUUUGGCAGCAAGCGCGGGAAGGGCCCUUUCCAGACACCCCCCAGCCAGGCCUCGGCGUCCUCCUCUUCAGCAUCUUCGUCCCACCAUCACCUGCCCCAGCACCACCCGCAUCACAGCCACCCCUCCCUCCCCGAUGGCCAGUCCAAGCUGCAGGCCCUC